UUUUAAAGCCAGACUGAUUCAUAGAAACUCCUUUAAAACACAGUGAAAAGAAACCGCCCAUCACACACCCCAACACACCAGCGCAGGAAACUUAUAACCUCGGGAGGCAGGUCCCUCCCCUCACUGCGUUCACAUACCUCCAGAAGAGCGGACCAGGCGGCCACCAGCUCCUGCCACUCCGGGCGUCUCCGUCCCUCAGACGUCAGAACUCUCGUUUUUGAGUCAUCAAAAAGCCAAGAUGUUGGUAUUACUGGCUGGUAUCUUUGUGGUCCACAUUGCCACUGUCGUUAUGUUAUUUGUUUCCACGAUUGCCAAUGUCUGGAUGGUUACAAGUGAUGGAUCAUCAUCAUUAGGUCUUUGGAAAAACUGUACCAACGGUAACUGCGAUGAUCUGCUAUAUGCUGGGGAAGAUGCCCUCAAGUCAGUCCAGGCCUUCAUGAUCCUCUCCAUCAUCUUCUCUGUCCUCGCUCUCGUGGUCUUCAUAUUCCAGCUCUUCACCAUGGAGAAAGGAAACCGCUUCUUCCUCUCCGGGGCCACCAUGCUGGUGUGCUGGCUGUGCGUUUUGAUCGGGGUAUCCAUCUACACUAACCGUUAUGCGAACCCGAGUGGUUACCACCACGGCUAUUCCUUCAUCCUGGCCUGGAUCUGCUUUUGCUUUAGCUUCAUCAUUGGCGUUCUCUAUCUGGUCCUGAGAAAGAAAUAAGGCUGAACCAGUGUAUGGGGAUCUGGGGGGUGGGGAGAAGGAAGCUGUUGAAUCUGGGAGGGACGUGGAAGUUGCUAUGCAGGAAAAACCAG